AUGGAUAACACAGCGAAAGCAAAUAAAAAGGAUAUUCAAGAUGGGCCACACAAAGAAGUCAAAUUGCCUACCAGUGAAGCACUUCUAGACUACCACUGUCAAAUAAAAGAAAAUGCAGUAGAACGAUUUAUGGCUCAAAUAAGGAGACUUAGAGAAAAGAACCAAAAGUAUCAUGAAAGAAACAAACGCUUGAAGGAUGAACAGACUUGGCACAUACGGAACCUACUAAAGGAGCUGAGUGAAGAGAAGUCAGACGGGUUACCAGUUGUAACAAGAGAAGAUGUUGAAAAAGCAAUGAAGGAAAAAUGGAAGUUUGAAAGAGACCAGGAAGAAAACUUGAAAGAUAUGCGCGUGCAAAUAAAUAACGCCGAGAAACUAUUUCUUGAGAAACUCAGUGAAAAGGAAUACUGGGAAGAAUACAAGAAUGUAGGGAGUGAACAACAUGCUAAACUCAUUACCUCCUUGCAGAAUGACAUCAAUAGAGUUAAAGAAAAUGCAGAGAAAAUGUCAGAACACUAUAAAGUCACUCUGGAAGAUGCUAGAAAGAGAAUAAUCAGAGAAACUUUGUUGCAACUGGAUCAAAAGAAGGAAUGGGCCACACAGAAUGCCAUACGGUUCAUUGACACGGGCAGCUACCGAGAGAUCUGGGAGAAUGACUGGCUGAAAAGAGAGAUUGCAAAUCACAGGAAGGAAGUUGAAAAAUUGGAAAAUACUAUUCAUGAACUGGAAGAAGAAAAUUUGGUGCUUAUUGAUCAACUAUUCAACUGUAGACUUGUGGAUCUCAAAAUACCCAGGCAACUAUAUCUUACUCAAGCUGCUGGACUGACAGUGCCACCUGAAGUGCCUUUGGAGUUGCCAGAUAUAGAUGAAGGUACAACAUUGCAACCUGCAGAAGUAAAAGGUAGAGACAUCACAAGCUCAUCAGUGGAGAGCGGUGCUUUAUAUGUCAGUCAUGAGCAUGGUAUUGGAUAUGCCAAGCAACUGAAGACAGAUGAAGAAAACAACUCAUGUGUAGACUUUGGGACCUCUGAUAUGAAAUACUUACCAUAUGAGGAUGAGCAGGAUUUCAAGGAUUAUGUAAACCUGGGUCCCUUGCAAGUGAAGCUCAUGAGUGUGGAGAGCAAGAAAAUGCCCAUUCAUUUUCAAGAGAAAGAAAUUCCAGUCAAAUGCUAUGAAGAUGUCAGGAGCCCAGAAAGCCGCAUCACAUAUAAAAUGAUGAAGUCUUUUCUCUAA